AUGGGUGGGCCUAACUUAGAAGUAUUCAAGUUUGGCAUGUAUAUCAUGUUUCCCAUUGCGAUCAUGUAUUAUUAUGGUACCAACCUUGACAAGCGAUUUUCUGUCCCCGGAUUCUGGCCCAAGCCAGAGGAAUCAUAUCGUAUUCCGUUUGAUCGAGAGGAAAUAAAGCUCGAGCUUGAACGAAUGAAACGAAAAAGGCUAGAAUUGCGAGAAAAACGAUUAAAUAAAGAAAUGGCACCUGGUUCUGUUAAAGAUACUCAAGACCCACGAGAUCACGUCUGA